AUGAUUCAUCUAGUUAGUCUACUAAAUGAUCAAUUAGACAAUUUGAAACAAUUUAAAACUUUAAAACUAAAUAAUUUACAAGUACAAUUAAAAAUUUCAGAUGUAGUUGAUAUAAUUUAUCGAUAUUUAAAUUCAUUUGACCCUCCGUUAAAACUUGAAAAAUUAUAUUUACAAAAUAAUAAGAUUUCAGAAGUACCCUCAAAUUUUUAUAAAAUUGCAAAUGAUUUAACUUAUAUUGAUUUACAUCAAAAUUUAAUAUCCUAUAUUCCUGGUGAUUUUUUUCAAAAAUUUGAAAAUUUACAAUAUUUAGAUUUAUCAAGUAAUAAACUUAGUUAUUUACCAGAUUCAAUAUUAUUUUUACAAAAACUCAUAGUUUUAAAUAUUCAAGAUAAUAGUAUUUCAUAUUUAUCUCCUCAUAUUGGAGAGUUGAAGUCUUUGAAUUUAUUAGAUUUAGCCAAUAAUCCAUUAAUUAUGCCAUCUAAUGAAGUUAUUAAAGCUUUACAAAAACAAAAAUCAGAUUUAGAUUGGGUUAAAGAAUUGAAAAAUUAUUUAGUUACUAAUAGAGUAUUAAUUCAUCUGAAAAUAGAAGAAUCAAAACAUAAUUUAAAUGAAGAAAUAAUAGAUCAUCAACAAUAUCAACAUCAAAUGAAAAGAUCUCAAAGUUUGAGUGAAGGUGAGAAAAAAUCAUCAAAAGCAUCAAGAAGAAUGGGAUUAAUUAUUAAGAAAUCUGACGGAAAAGAUGAUUCAGAAUAUAAUUCAAAUUCAAAAUCAGCAAUUGUACCAUCAACUUUAAAUCUUGAUGAGUUACCACAUUCAGCAUCUGCUAUAGAAACAAGUUUUAAAAUUUCUGGAUCUCCACCACCAUUACCUAUACAAACUACAACCAUAUCAACUGGGAAAAUACCCAUUAAUCUACAACCAACAACUGCAACCACUAAAAAUUCAAGACAACGAUCAAAUACAAUGAAGGAACUAGAUAAAAUUCUUGAAAAAAGUGAUAGUGUUGAUACUGAACGUAAAUCAAGUGCUUAUUUUAAAAGAUUAUCUACAUUACAAGAACUACCACAAGAUGAAAAAGAAGAUUCAUUAUAUGAUUAUACUAAUGAUUCAUCUACAAAUAUAACAACACCAAGAGUACAAAGAUCCUUAGAUCCAGGAUUGAAACAAAAACCACAAGUGACACAAUCAAAAUCAAAUUUAUCAAUGACAUCACAAUCACAAUCACAAUCUCAACCAGCUCAAAUUGAGGGUGGAUCACCAACUAGAACAAAUACUAAAAAACAUUCAAAUUCAACAAUAAUUAAAGUAUCACGAAAAGUUUUAUUUUUAUUUAGUGAAUUGCAUUCAUCAAUACGUAGAUUUACUACAUUUUGUAGUGAUAAAAAAGUUACAAUCAAAAUGGUUUCAUUUUUAUAUACUACCAAAUCAAACAUAGAUUCAUUAGUCGAGAAUUUAGAAGUUAUGGAAGAUUCUGGAUCAAAUUCAAAUCAAAUCAUACAUUCGUUAAGAAUAUGCAUUGGAUCAUUUAGAUCAAUAAUGGAAUUAUUACAUGAGAAUAUAUCUACAUUUGUUAACAAUAUUGAUGUUUGCUUUAUUAGAAUGUUAUAUUUAUCAGUUUAUGGAUCAUUUAAUGAAUUACACAAUGCAUUUUCGAUACUAUGUCCACCUAAAGAAACACCAAAAAAAAUAAAUACACUAGGUAUGCCUACUGCUUCAACAUUUGAAUCAAAUGAAGAAGUAGACGAAAAAUUAUACGAAACUAUACAAACAGCAACUAAUCAAACACAAAUCAUUUUAACUGAAUUGAAUAAUCUUGUCACUAAAAAGGCAAAUGCAACUAAUGUUACUGUACCACCUAUUAAACUUCGAGAUUUGACAAAUGCCAGCACAUCGACUUUAGAGGUUAUAAAACGAUUAAAUACAAAGUUAAUUACGAUAAGGAAUAAUCCAUCACAAACAACAAAGAAAUUGUUUGCUGAUGAUAUGAAUCAAUUUAUAAAAUUAAUUAUUGCAACCUUAACAUCCGUGAAGGCUAUAGUUCAAGACAUACCAAUAAUUGAAGAAGUGAGACCGUCAAUGUCAAACCUAACAAAGACAACAAAGGAAGUGACUUAUUAUCUUGGAAUAUCAUCAUAUAGAUCAUUAAUACCAGAAUCAGCAGCACAACAACCUUCAUUUUUAUCAAAUUCAAAUUCAAAUGUAAGUAAUUUAUUUACUCCAAUUCAAGCUCAUGCUCCUACUUUACCUCAAACUGCAACUUUCAAUAAUGGUCCCACACCAAUUAGAAAUCCAAUGAAUAUAAAUCCAACAACAACAAAUAGCUCAACUACAAGUUCAACAAGUCAUAUUUCCCAAGAUGUGAAAAAUCCACAUAUACCUCAUUCUGCUCCAUUAACCGCUCCUCCACAAUCAAUAGGUCAAAUGUAUGCUAAAAAUGGUGUAAAUCCAUUUGAUGGAUUAAUAAUGGCCAAAAAUGAAAAAGAAUAG